UCUUCAUCUUCAAGGCGUGCCCAAAAUUUUCAUUUUUCUUUUCUUAAUUCUCUCCCUUCUUUAUUUUUUCAAUUUUAUGGGUUUUUAGUCAAGCAAGGCGUGCCAUUUUGGUUCUCAUUAGCUAUUGCUCUCUCUCUUUUUCUUAUUGUUUCCUUCUCUCAUAUCUAAAGCCAAAACCCACACAAGUUCCUGUACUAUACACAGGUCUUUGCUUCAAUAAUGCCCAUUUCUCUUUUCACAUGAUUUGAUAUCACUUCUCUUCUUCUUCUUCUUCUUCUUCUUCUUCUCUCUCUCUCUCUCUCUCUCUCUCUCUCGCAGCCUUUCAGCCUCUCGAACAGACAAAAAAAGAGAGAACCCAAUCUCAAGAUCUCCUCUUCUUGUUUUUCUUUAUCCCUUGUUUUUGUACAUUUUCCACAUAGAAACCAUGCAUAGGUGGGAGAAAGCUAUGAGAGAAGGCAGAUACAAGAACGAGGGUAAGACCCCAUCUUUCUCUUCCAGUCUUCUCGAUGAAAUCUACCGUUCCACAUGUGAAGGUGACACAAAGCGUGAAGAUUUGAAAUUUUAUGGCGAAACGAUAAUGCCCAAGAAGCACAGCAAAGGUUCUUGUAUAAAAAGCGGUGUAGCCAUUGAAGAGGACAAAGAGAUGGCAGCACUUCGCCGAGCUUGUUUGAUCGAGAAAUGGAUGGACCACAAGGUGAGCCAAAAGGUCAGCAUGCAACAUAGCAGAAAAAAUUUGACGGAAUUCAAGAGGAAAUCACAGCUUGAACAUGAUCUAGACCAGGAUGUUAUGUUCUUUAGCUCAACUUCUACCUCCUCAGAUUCUAGUUCCGGUGGAUUCUCAUCCUCCGAUACAGAGUCCUUCCACGGUGCAAGAUCAAGGGCCUCUUCAUUCUCCGCCGCACCGAGGCCUAAGUCCGUAAGGACCAGCGUCUCUUCUCUAUCAGAAAAAAUGGAGAAAACAGAGAGAACAGGAAGGACUCUGUUUUACGAACAGAGAGAAUUGCAAAUGUUUGGUGAUUAUCACUACAGCUCCGCUACAGAGCAAACUCCAAGGGUUGAAGAGGGCAUAAUCAAGUCCAAAUCAAGAGCUUUAAAGAUUUACAACAAUCUAAAGAAGGUGAAACAGCCAAUUUCACCUGGUGGUAAGCUUGCAAACUUCAUUAAUUCUCUAUUUACAUCUGGGAACACAAAGAAAUCAAAGAAUUCAUCUUCCAUUAGCAAUUGUGAUGAAGACUGGAAAUCCAAGCCUGGACAGGCAACAUCAACUUGCUCUUCAGCUUCAUCCUUUUCAAGAUCAUGCUUAAGCAAGAGUUCACCAUCCACAAGGGAAAAACUUCGAAACGGGGUUAAAAGGUCUGUUCGAUUUUGCCCGGUUAGUGUGAUUGUUGACGAAGAUUGUAGACCGUGUGGACACAAAUCUUUGUACGAAAAAGAGGAAUCAUCCAGUGUCAUGUCUGUCUCUCUGCCAACUGCAUGGAAAAUUGGGAAAUCACCAUCAAGAAAAGUGGAUGAUGAGCUCAAAUACCAAGUAAUGGAGAAGAGCAAGAGAGUGGAGGAAGUCGCAAGAGAAAUCUUGAAAGAUUAUCAUCAAAAUCAAAAGAAAAAUGAUGAUCUGAUUAUGAGGAGUGUUGGCUGCAAAUACAAUGAUCAUUUCGAAGACGAUGAUGACGAUGAUGAUGAUAUAAGUUGUUCGAGUUCAGAUUUGUUCGAACUCGAUCAUCUUUCAGCAAUUGGAAAGGAUAGGUAUUGCCAGGAGCUUCCUGUGUAUGAAACUACUCAUGUUGAUACUAAUCGUGCCAUUGCUAAUGGCUUAAUAAUGUAGUUUUCAAGUAUAUGGUAUAGAGAAAAAAAAAUGUUAUAAAUCUUUUUUUUUUCCCA